UAAAGUCAUCAUAUUCAGUAGACAUUAUAUUUUAAACGCAACACAAAGUUUAAACACACAUAGUUCAAUAUUCAAAAACAGAAAAACAAUAAUACACAUACCCAUAUACUUAAGAUCAUGGCCGAAAUCUAUAAACCAAAUACUUUGGAUAAAGAAUUCCGCGAGUUUUGGUCAAAAGUCAAUUGUCUUACUGUGUUGGACUUUCCGUAUGACCAAAGAUGCGAUUUUGUGAGAAGUGCAAAUAACUGCGUAUAUGGCACGAACUUCGUCCCGUAUAUGCAUUUAUUGGCAUGCGAUUUCAGAUGCAAAAACCUGUUCGAGGAGCACAUCUUUGUGACCCUCUUCCUGAUCCUAUGUUUCGAAUUGCUGCUCUUCCUGAGCCAUGUGGUACGGUUAUAUUACACUCCGGCGUUGAAGGCAGUUUCUCGAAUGCUUCAUAUGAACGAGCAUCUGGCUGGCGUGACGAUCAUGGCACUUGGCAAUACACUACCAGAUAUGUUUGCCAAUAUGUGUGCUAUUUAUGACGAUGUACCCAUCUUUGGCAAUUGCCUUUCUUCGGCAUUAUUUGUAACUAUGUUCACUGGGGGAUUGGUAUGCUAUCUCAGUCCGUUUCAAAUGAGUGCUUAUAAUACCGUACGCGAUCUACUCUUCUUUAUCUUUGGCAUAAUGCUGUUGGAGUUUUGCAUAAUCAGAGAACAAGGGAUUACAAUUGCUGAGUGCAUCAUAAUGAUAACGCUGUACGCCAUAUAUAUAACUGUCAACGUGCUCGAUGUGUAUUUCUUGAAACGUACCCUAAAAUCUUUGAGACGCGAAAUCGACGCACUGUACGAAUUGCCAGUGUCAGAAGAAGUAAAAGAAAAGCGCUCGACAGUACAAAAAAAAUAUGACCUCCUUUCCCAGAAUAAUCGCGUAACAAUAUUGCAGCGCAAAUCAAACUCUGACAAUACUGGAACAUUUGGGUAUAUGACAAAAGUCGGAAAUGUACGUGUCACAAUUGACAUGGAAGCCAAUCGCAAUAUGCAUUACACCAGGGCCUCAAGCAAGAAUCACCGUCUCUUUCAGGAAUUCUUCUCUGCAAUCCUGCCCAUUAAAAUGAAUGAAUGGCGCCAGGCGACCAUGUUACUUCGCGCCUACUAUAUUGCUCGGGCCCCAGUUGUAUUUAUUAGUGUCAUUUAUAUACCCUUGGUGGAUUACGAGCUGCAGAAGAAUGGCUGGAGUAAGCUGCUCAACUGCAUACAAAUUUUCCUUAACCCAGCGGUUACAAUCACAAUGGGCAAGGCCAUGGUAUUCAGAGAUAGGUCCAAGCUCUGGUAUUAUAAUAUACCACAUGACGUUCAAUACGGCCUUUACUCCUUGGUGGUAACAGUGCCCAUAGCCAUAGUUGUGUUUUUCCACUCAAACACCAGUGCCCCGCCGCCAUAUCACUGGAUGUUUACAAUUAUGAAUCUUACUGGAUCCAUGUUUGCGAUAUUCCAAAGUGCCACCGAAAUAACGGUGAUAACAGGGGUCCUUGGCUUUAUGUUAAAAGUUCCUCCUGAUUUUAUGGGUGCCACUGUUUUAUGCGUCGCCAACUCUCUAGGCGAUCUUGUAGCAAAUGCAUCAAUGGCUUUGCAGGGGUAUGAAAAAAUGGCAUAUGCAGCAGCUAUCGGAAGUCCAUUCUUUUCCAUUCUUCUGGGUACAGGCAGUGUGUUUGCUGUUAAGAUUUAUUUAGGCCUUACUUCAUCAAUGCAUAAUUUGAUUGGAUCAUAUGGGGAAAAUGCAUAUGUCCUAUUGAUAUUGGGUCUCUUAUCAACGCUUCUAUGGACAUCGGUGUUGAAUUUUAAUGCCCGUCGCUCGAUGGGGAUUUUCUCCAUGUCCAUCUAUGGUCUGUACAUCAUAUUUAGCAUUCUUAUUAGAUUUCGAAUAAUCCACCCAUACAAUGUCGAUGCAUUUCUCAGCGAUUCUCAUGAAAUUAAUUAAACAAAUUAUAAGUUGACAAAAUAACUUACACUACGCUAGCUCAACAAUGUAUACACAUAUGUAAUCGAAAAACUGUAAGGACUUUAAAAUAUAGCUGUUAUUUUUUACGCACCA